AUGGUUGCGGUUAAGCAGCAGCUUGUGAUCAAUGCCAAACAAGGGGAAGUCCCGUAUGCAACAGCUCUCGCUAUUGCUUUCGGUGGUUAUAAUCCGUCGCUCUCCAUCACUUUUAACGAGAAGGAUCCGAUUGGCAUGAACAUUGAUGGUUUCGUGAUUAAAAACGACAUAACGAUCGCUAGAGUUGUUGCUCAAAGUCUUGGGGCAUACCAGAUGUACCGGCUCAACUGUUUUCGAAAAUUUGAAGGUAUCGAUGAGGUUCUGACAUUAUGUGAGAAGGUAGUAGAUGGCUUUCUGGUAGAUGAAGAGGUGGUUUCUGCGGUGCAGCUAAGUGAAUCUGGCACGCUUUUUGGAGGGCGCAUCACCAUUGGAGAUGUUGCUUUGUGGAGCCUACUAGAGAAGAAUCCAUCAUUGCAAAAGAAAUUCUCCGCGUUGUUCGAUGCUAUUGUUGGGGACCAACGGUUUUUCGCAGCUCAUGCAAUGGUUGGGAAGUUUGUCGAUGCAAAGGUCGUGAAGCCAGGCUGCGAAGGAGAA